GACUUGACGCAACUGUCCUGAGAAGGAGGGCCAGGAGUUCUGCUUUACUUUUCUCUAGUCUAUGCACACUUUCUUUGUUGUUAUGUAUAGUUAUUGUAUAGCGACCAAGUUUUAAUUCCUCAAUAGAAUCAAUUUUCUAACAUUAAGUUACUAAGUUUUAAGUAUUAAGUUACAAUUACUAACGCCUGGACUUAUUCAGUCUGCUAACGUCAACGUCUCCCCGGUUUGAACGAUGUGAGCGAGUGUAACUUUACUCGGAUUUUAUUUGUUUUUCAUUUUAUCGAAAGAAAAUGAAGAAAGCACAUACGUUUUGCUCAUUAUUUUAAACGACGAGGGGUUGUUUACAAAGAGCCAAGGGGAAAAUUACACUGUGCUACAAGAAGACUCCUAAAGACCUAAAGGAUCAGUUACAACCAUACAUCUUUUGGCGCUCCUGCUUUAGCGUAUAAUUUCUGGAUUAAUUGACAACAGAUUACAGGGCUUUGCCCGUCUGUCUUUGUAAAGAAAUCCCUGAUGCAUUCACUUGCCCCCUCUCAACAUGCUGGCUCUGAGGCAAGAGCAGGGCAGGCGAGGGGGUGGUGAAGUUGAUCACCUGCAGAAAGGGGCCACUGUGGCUUGGCAGGGCUGCCAGUCAGGAAGGCCCCCUUCUCACAAGAAGGGCAUUAACAUCAGGGAGAAGAUCUCCCAGUGGGAAGGUCGCCACCAGCAGGGCAGCAGCCAGGAUGCCGGGGUGAAAGCACAUCCUCCGACUGUAUCCCGAACUCUAUCUGGAGAUGUUCUGGGCAACGAAUGUUCCAACGAGGGAUCGAGAGGUGGACUUCACGCAAAACCCAGCCUCUCCAAAUCAAAUAGUUUGGGUUUAGAUUUUCGGGAAUCCCUAGCACAAGCUGGACAUGGUGUGGUUGGUAGGAAGUCAGAACCUCUGCAGAAAUGUUCCACUGAAUUUUUAACCACAACACCAGGAAAUAAACCACUCGCAGCACAAAUGUUUGCGUCUCCCAAAGUGGAGGCUAACACGGCUGACUCUACAGGUAAACAAAUCUUCACUGCUAAUGGCGUUCAAAAAACGGAUCGCAUCUUGGAUGUUGAAGUAGUUUCUAAACUUCUACCUCUAUCAACUCAUGACCAAGAAGACAACAUGCCUGCUGGAAACUUCUACACUUCACGGGGUUUCUGGCGUAAGCUUGAAGGGGACAGACUGCUCUGGGAGAAAGGCAGGGAGUCUUCAGGAGCUCAGCCUCCUCCCAAACCUCUGCGGACAUUCCAGUAUCGGGGAGCCAACAACAACAACACGGGGCACACAGUGUUGCGGGACAGCAGAUCCCCUCAUAACCACUCCAACGUGAGGACUAGCAGGGUAGCCCACCCACCUAGCUUCCCACCUCCCCCAUGUCCUGUAGCAAAGACUAAUGGGCUUUCAAGGCAUAAAAAGAACAGGAAGUCCUUUGAGUACGAGGAUGCGGCGCGUCUGACUACGAAGCAAGGCACUAUGGGAGGCGAGGAAACACAAUCGGGCCUUUACCAUGCCUACUCUGACGACAAUAUUUAUGAGGACAUCGUUUGUGAAGUGACCCGAGAUGACCCCUAUGAGGAUGUCAAGCUAUCUCCCAUGUGUCUCCCUAUUGCAAGGCCUCACGGCCCAAAGCUCCCUCCUAAACCCCAAACGUUGCAAGGCAAUGCUGGCAAAGUGGAAAGGAACAGGUUCCAAACAUUAGCAGCUUCCAUAUCACUUGCAGACCCUCCAAAACCAGCUACACCCCAGCGGGCAAGCACUCAAAAAAUACAGAAGACGCCUCAGUACGUCAACAAGAUUGAGACCAUCUUUGACGACAAGCGAGGGAGAAAGAGAGUAAGGAACCAGGGACUCUCAGUGCGAGAGGAGACCAGCGGGACAGAGAGUGACCCUGAGGACAACACCAAAGCAGGCUCCAGGAGAUCAGUUUACAUCCAGUCUACACUGAAACGUCGGCCAGGCUACCGCACCCUGGAGAGAGACCUGAUCCAGCUGCAGCAGCAGCAGCUUUUCCAGAUCUUUGUGGUGGUGUCGCUGAGAAAAGGCCCCCCAGGAAACACCUACUCCCCUGAAAUCACACAGCAGUUCCCCAAACUGUUUGAGAAGUCAUCCCGGUUAUCCAAAGAGGCUGAGGAUCAGCUGAAAGUUAUUCCCAAGUUCUGCUUCCCCGACUUGCAGGACUGGAAGCCCUCUUCACACAUGCCAAGUGAGACCUUCUCCUUUGUCCUGACCGGAGAGGACGGCAGCCGCUGGUUUUGUUACUGCCGUAAGAUCUUGCCCAUUGGAAAGGGGAAGAGGCUUCCUGAGGUGCACUGCAUUGUCAGCAAACUGGGCUGUUUCAACCUCUUUGCAAAGAUUUUGGAGGAGGUGGAGAAGCGCAGGGAGAUUUCCCCAGCCCUGGUGUAUCCUUUUAUGCGUAGCGUGAUGGAGGCCCCUUUUCCAGCCCCCGGACGCACAGUCACCAUCAAGAGCUUCCUUCCAGGCUCUGGGAAUGAGGUACUGACUUUGUGUCGACCAGUGGACUCCAGACUGGAGCACGUGGACUUUGACAGUCUGCUGCAGUGUCUCAGUGUUGGGAAUCUCUUGCAGGUGUUUGCCUCCCUCCUGCUUGAGAGGAGGGUCAUCUUCAUCGCUGACAAACUCAGUGUGUUGUCUCGGUGUAGCCAUGCAGUGCUGGCGCUGCUGUACCCCUUCACCUGGCAGCAUACCUUUGUGCCUGUGCUGCCAGCCAGCAUGUUGGACAUCAGCUGCUCACCUACCCCAUUCCUCAUUGGGGUGCUGGCCCCCUGCCUGCCAACGCUGCUGGAGCUGCCCAUCGAGGAGGUGCUCAUAGUGGAUCUGUGUGCAGACAAGUUUGUCAUUCAGCUGGGUGAUGAAGACUGCAUCCUGCCCAGUAAACUGCAGGCAGCACUGCAGCAGAUCCUGGAGGAGAGGGACGAUAUCCUGAGAGAGAAAGAUAGAGACAGUUGUGGAGGUCAGCAGGCUAACCUGAGCUCUCUGCUGUCUGAGGGUUUUGUGCGGUUCUUUGUGGAGCUGGUGGGCCACUAUCCUCUGCACAUGGUCGAGUCCUCCAAUGGAAGCAGGGAGCUUCAGCGCGACAGCUUCCGCAAAUCACACCCCUCCCGCGGAGUCCGCCAGUUCCUGCAGCUCUUCAUGGAUACUCAGAUGUUUGCCGGCUUCAUUCAGGACAAAGAGCUGUGCAAGGCAGGAGGAAGAGGUCUCUUUGAGGUCAGAGUGGCCGAGUAUCUGGAUUCGUACCCUGAGCCAGAGCCGAGUGGUGUGAACAAAUUUCUUAAAGGACUGGGAAACAAGAUGAAACUCCUACAAAUUAAAUGAAAACAGACCAACACCCUGGUUUUUAACCGAAAGACUUUGUAAUUACAAACAGACCACUUGUUGCUGCUGGACUUGCUGAGGAAAUGAAUGUGGAUGAGAGUCUUGUGUUGAGAUGUGAAUGGGACGAUGAAGAGUUUGGGUAUGAGAGGGCCAGGUUCAUCUUAUAGCCAUGUAUGCAUGUCUAAGAGCAGUGCACUUUUUAUUGGACAAAAACUGGAAAGGCUUUUUCUCUUCUAGCAUUGUUUUAUGAAACCUUGAAGACGAAGCACUGUGUCUUUGGAAAACUACAAAAAACAUUCCAGCUACUUAACCUCAGUUAUCAACGUGAACAUGUGUGGUUGUAACCAUUUUGUCUUUGACUGGAAAUGUGUGUACUUGCAAGACCUUUUCACACAGAUUCAGCUCUACUACACAAUGUGUGCAUUUUACAGUAAAUGCAACUUUAAUCUUGUUAAGUACUUGCAACUAAAAAUAGCCUGUAUGGUUCCAACCUGAUGCAUGUUUUUAUACAUUUUAAUGUAAAAUUUUAUUAUGCAUGUUGCAUUUUCCUCAGCACAACUGUACACAAACCUUUUUGUUUACGGUUUCUACUUGUUUGCAUUUCAGAUCGAGUAGAUGUUUAUUAACUCUGAUCAGAACAUUUCGAAGUGUUAAGACUCCAGGUUAAACCUCAUCAAUCGAUUUUUACAUUUUGAUAAAAUUACGUCUUUUUCUGUCCUUGACUUUCCUUGUAACUGGAGUUGUAAAUAUUUUUUAAAUUUUGCACAAUGUUGAGAACCCAUGUACAGCAUUUAGAAUAUUUUUGUAUUAA